AGUAAUCAGUUGCAGCUCAAGCAUCUUCCUUAAAACAACACUCGACAACAACCUCAUCCACAGUCACAGACACAGACAAGUUUCAGUCAUCAUGUUCAAAUACGUUCUCUGUCUCGCUCUCAUUGGCUGCGCCUGUGCCGACAACAUCAACAAGGACGCACAGAUUCGUAGCUUCCAGAACGAUGCAUCCGAUGCCGAGGGCAAUUAUCAGUAUGCGUAUGAGACCAGCAAUGGCAUUCAAAUCCAGGAAGCCGGCAAUCCGUCGGGUGUUCGCGGUGCCGUCGCCUACGUUUCCCCCGAGGGCGAACAAAUCUCGCUGACCUAUACCGCCGAUGAGGAGGGAUACCAUCCAGUUGGCGAUCAUCUGCCCACACCUCCGCCAGUUCCAGCCUAUGUGCUGCGCGCUCUCGAAUACAUUCGCACUCAUCCUCCAGCGCAGAAGGACGAACAAUAAACUGGCAUUGAACCUUUUCCCAUUCGCUUAGUGAUCCAACCAGUUUAUCCACAUCCACUACAAACUGUGGCAGUCAUUGUUAUAUAUAGAGACAUAAAUUCGCACCCUUUAAUUAGUUGUAGUUAUCGUUAAUAAAGCUCGUUGAUCCUCCAGCCAGCGCUAAAAUGCAAGAGAAUAAACCGAUUAUUAGUGAAGAACUUCUAAAAUACUUAAAUUAAAAGAUACUUGCUUACUUUUAAUUUCAAAUUAUCUCAUUGUGCUUCGCUGACCCGUUUUAAAAAGAUAUUGUUAAGUUAUCCAAAUGUAUCUGUGAGUUAUUUCCACAUCUAAAAGAUACAGAUACCUAAGCCAUAUUAAUUAAAAAAACAUCCAACGUU